UCAUUAAAAAAAGCACAGUUCUUGCGUUGAGUGGUAACUAGAGACCAUACCAAAACGACAUGUCGACCUCUGUGCUUGUACAAUACAAUCUUAAACCCCAAAAGAAAAACCAAAAACCCCUGCACUAAGCCCCCUCAUUCAAGUGUUAUCAGGAAGGGAAUACAGAAUGAAAUGAAGGAAGCUCAUGAAAGGCUCAAGAUUGGUGCCACACUGCAAAAGAAGGCAUCUUUCCAAACUUUUCUCAUUGUUUCAAUCCCACAGAACAUUACAUACGGCAACCGUCACAGAUUACUUACAAGUUACAUCAGAUGAUCUUGAAAAUGAGAGGAAAAGGAUUGAUUUCAAUGCUUUAUUCAAAUCCUGCACAAAGUUGCAGCAGGUUAAAUGUGCUCAUACACUUGUUGUGGUGUCAGGGAGAUUUAAAGACAACUUCCUUUCCUCAAAGAUUGUAAAUUUGUAUUCUCAGCAUGGUGAUGUUUCGUUAGCUUGGUGGACUUUUCACCACCUACCAAAUAAAGAUGUUUAUACCUGGAAUUCUAUGGCAUUUGCUUAUGUUAGCCAUGGUUGUUUCCGCGAAGCCUUGGGUUGUUUCAACCAGUUCUUUUCAACCUCUGGUCUUCGACCUGAUUUUUACACUUUUCCUCCUGUGGUUAAAGCUUGUGGAGAUCUGCUAGAUGGGAAAAAGAUACAUUGCUUGGUUUUAAAGUUGGGUUUUGAAUGGGAUGUAUUUGUAGCUGCUUCCCUGGUACAUAUGUAUUCGCGAUUUGGGCUUGUGGGGGAUGCAAGAAAAUUGUUUGAUGAUAUGCCUGCUCGUGAUAGAGGUUCAUGGAAUGCAAUGAUUUCUGGUUAUUGUCAGAAUGGGAAUGCUGCAGAAGCGUUGGAUAUCACAGAUGAGAUGAGAUUGGAAGGGGUAAAAAUGGAUGCUAUUACUGUUGCCAGUGUUCUUCCUGUUUGUGCACAAGUGGGUGAUAUUUUAAGUGGCAAGUUAAUUCAUUUGUAUGUUAUAAAGCAUGGAUUGGAAUUCGAACUGUUUGUGUCUAAUGCUUUGAUUAACAUGUAUGCCAAAUUUGGUAGCUUGGGGCAUGCGCAGAAAGUUUUUGGUCAGAUGGUGGUAAGAGAUAUUGUAUCAUGGAACUCGAUAAUUGCUGCAUAUGAGCAAAACAACAAUCCAGUUACAGCUCAUUUAUUCUUUCAUAAGAUGCAAGAAGCUAGAGUUCAACCUGAUUUGUUGACUCUAGUCAGUUUAGCUUCCAUUGUUGCUCAACUAAAUGAUCAUCGAAAUAGCAGGUCUGUUCACGGAUUUGUCAUGAGGAAAGGUUGGUUUAUGGAAUAUAUUAUCAUUGGGAAUGCGGUUGUGGAUAUGUAUGCCAAAAUUGGCAAUUUAGAUUCUGCGCGUGCAGUUUUUGGAGGACUCCCCAUUAAAGAUGUGGUUUCUUGGAAUACUUUGAUCACUGGUUAUGCUCAAAAUGGCCUUGCGAGUGAGGCAAUUGAAGUAUAUCUUUUGAUGGAAGAACACGAAGAGAUAAUCCCAAAUCAAGGGACAUGGGUAAGCAUUCUACCAGCCUAUUCCCAUGUGGGAGCCUUGCAGCAAGGAAUGAGAAUUCAUGGACAAGUUAUUAAAAAUUGUCUCUACUCAGAUGUCUUUGUUGGCACAUGCCUCAUCGACAUGUACGGUAAAUGUGGAAAAUUAGAUGAUGCAAUAUCAUUAUUCUACCAAGUACCUAGAAAAAAUUCAGUCCCUUGGAAUGCUAUGAUAUCAUGCUAUGGAGUUCACGGGGAUGGUGAGAAAGCUCUUGAGCUUUUUAGAGAGAUGAGAGCUGAGAGAGUGCAGCCAGAUCAUAUAACAUUUGUAUCGCUAUUGUCAGCUUGUAGUCAUUCAGGUUUGGUCAGUGAUGCUCAGUGGUGCUUUAACAUGAUGGAGGAAGAGUACGGAAUUAAGCCUAGUUUGAAGCACUAUGGUUGCAUGGUAGAUUUAUUUGGUAGGGCUGGGGAAUUGGAAAUGGCAUUCAAUUUUAUAAAAACAAUGCCAAUUCAGCCUGAUGCUUCUGCAUGGGGUGCCCUUCUCAAUGCUUGCAGAAUACAUGGAAAUAUUGAGCUGGGUAAACAUGCUUCUGAACGUUUGUUUGAAGUUGAUUCAGAGAACGUUGGCUACUAUGUAUUGCUAUCAAAUAUUUAUGCAAACGUUGGGAAAUGGGAAGGAGUGGAUGAUGUGAGAUCACUAGCUAGAGAUAGGGGAUUGAGGAAGAAUCCUGGAUGGAGCUCAAUCAUAUUGAACAACAAGGUCGACGUCUUCUACACUGGCAACCAAACUCAUCCAAAAUGUGAGGAGAUAUACAGGGAGUUGAGGGAUUUGACUUCAAAAAUAAAGACCAUUGGUUAUGUUCCAGAUCUUUGCUUUGUGUUGCAAGAUGUUGAAGAGGAUGAGAAGGAGCACAUCCUCAUGGGCCAUAGUGAGAGGCUGGCUAUUGCUUAUGGAAUUAUUAGCACCUCUCCUAAAACUCCUAUUCGGAUCUUCAAGAACUUGAGGGUCUGUGGUGAUUGCCACACUGUAACAAAAUUUAUAUCUAUAAUUACUGAGAGGGAAAUUAUUGUGAGGGAUUCCAGCCGGUUCCAUCACUUCAAGGGAGGAACUUGCUCUUGUGGGGACUAUUGGUAACAUGAAUCAUGAUUGAAUAUUUGUUAAAAGAACCUUGAUGAAUAUGUCUGUUACCUGGUGCCAAGGAAAAUUUCGUUAAGCUCUGCUGUCCUGAUGAAAAUCAAAUACUGUGUACAGAAGUUUUAUUUAA